AACCAAGAGACAGGCAAGUAAAGCAAAGCUAAUGGCAACCUAACAAGUAUCCACAACAAAAAUAUAUAACGUAAAAUAAACACAGAGCUCAGAGAGGGAGAGAGAGAGAGAGAGCGAGAUCACCUACCCCUCCCCUCCCCUCUCUCACUGUUCGUUCUAGGUUUUCCUCUCACAGUCCCCUUUCUCUCGUUCUCACGGCCUCGACUUUCGGCCUCGCCAACCAAUAAUUCAAUCUAUCGCAUACUCAUUUCUUCAAACUUUCUUCCAUUUUCAGCUCCCAUUGGUUCAUUCCGUCCAACCAAUUCUCUUUCUCACAAAAAAAGGAAAAAGAAAAGGGAUUUGUGGAUACCCCAUCUGUUAAAAACCGAAUCUCUCUCUCCCAAAUGAUCUGGAUUCGCUUAGAACCUUGAAAACAGUGGCUUUGGCUGUUCACUGAAACCCCAACGAAGAUAGCAUAUUUGCAAGAUUCUGAUCAAUGGGUAGGAGAGGCAUGCAACUGUUCGAUGAUAAAAGAGAUGGGUUUUUCUCGGUUUGUGAUUUGGGCUCUCAGUGGAGCCUACAAGAAGGGUCAUUUCACCCCGGAGGCUUAUUCGCCAGCGUUGGUCAGGUCGGAAUGGGUGCUUUCACGCCGAAUCCUCCGGAUUCCCGAGACAAUGGCGGCGUGAAGGUACCGUACGCGGAUUUGUGCGCCAAGUACAUGUCCUCCCUGGAGGGGUUUCGGAUAGUCGGGGUGCGGGAAGGGGAGGAGGGGGUUGUGACGAAGAAGAAGAAUGGUGGUCUUAAGUUGAAGAUUACGGUCUCAAAUCCUUCGCUUAGGAGGUUGAUAAGCGGCGCGGUAGCCGGGGCGGUAUCUCGGACCGCAGUGGCGCCGUUGGAGACGAUAAGGACGCAUUUGAUGGUUGGGAGUAGUGGGCAUUCUACUACCGAGGUGUUCCACAAUAUCAUGAACACCGACGGAUGGAAGGGGUUGUUUAGGGGCAAUUUGGUUAAUGUAAUUCGGGUUGCACCUAGCAAGGCGAUAGAGCUAUUUGCUUACGAUACAGUCAACAAGCAAUUGUCACACAAACUUGGGGAACAGCCCAAACUCCCAAUUCCUGCCUCGUUAGUUGCCGGGGCCUGUGCUGGAGUCAGCUCAACUUUGUGCACAUAUCCACUUGAGUUACUCAAGACCCGACUAACUGUAGAGAGAGGCGUUUACAAUGGUCUAUUUGAUGCAUUUUUAAAAAUACUGAGAGAAGAGGGGCCUUCAGAACUCUACAGAGGCCUUACCCCUAGUCUUAUUGGGGUAAUUCCAUAUGCUGCAACCAACUACUUUGCCUAUGACACAUUAAGGAAAGCCUACCGUAAGAUUUUCAAGCAAGAGAAGAUCGGCAACAUUGAAACCCUUUUGAUUGGGUCGGCAGCCGGAGCUAUUUCAAGUAGUGCGACUUUCCCGCUUGAGGUGGCUCGCAAGCACAUGCAGGUGGGGGCUCUGAGUGGAAGGCGGAUAUACAAGAAUGUGCUUCAUGCACUUGCAAGCAUAUAUGAACAAGAAGGGAUCCUAGGUUUGUAUAGAGGGCUGGGCCCUAGCUGCAUGAAGUUGGUCCCUGCCGCCGGGAUUUCUUUCAUGUGCUAUGAAGCAUGCAAGAGGAUACUGGUAGAGGAUGAUGAGGAAGCAUAAGAUAGGUUUUUUGGAAGUAACAAAAAUUCACAUACUGCGUCUCUUGGAGAAAAGAGGGGGAAGUGAGACUCCUUUUUCAUGGGCACCAGGUUAACUUAAUUUUGUUUUGUUUUUGUUAUUUUUUUUUUUUUUUCACUCCGCGACUGGAUUUUUUUUAUUUUUGUGGCUCAGUUCAAGGAGGUUUGUGAGGUUUUAUAUCUGAUGUUUUUGGAAAAUAAGAAAUUCCAGUUUAGUGCCA